AUGGCCACUGCUCAGCUCUCUCGCUCUAUCAAAAUUCACAAAGCAUCUAAGGAAACAGUUUUUCCAUCCCAAAUCACUAAUGAGCAUGCGUCAUUGAUAAUGGUGAAGAAACUUUUUGCUACUUCUAUCUCAUGUAUAACAUAUCUAAGGGGCCUGUUUCCAGAGAGCUCUUAUGGAGAACGCCAUUUGGAUGACCUCAGUUUAAAAAUACUUCGAGAAGAUAAAAAAUGUCCGGGGUCACUGCAUAUUAUCAAAUGGAUUCAAGGCUGUUUUGAUGCUUUGGAAAAGAGAUACCUACACAUGGCAGUACUUACACUUUACACAAAUCCCAAGGAACCUGAGAAAGUGACUGAAAUAUACCAGUUCAAAUUCAAAUACACAAAACAAGGAGCCACUAUGGAUUUUGACAGUAGUAGUACAAGCUUCGAAAGUGGGACAAACAGUGAAGAUGUUAAGAAAGCCAGUGUUCUACUGAUCCGCAAAUUGUACAUACUAAUGCAGAACCUUGGACCCCUUCCUAAUGAUGUUAUACUUACUAUGAAACUCCACUACUAUAAUGCAGUGACUCCUCAUGAUUACCAACCCCCUGGUUUUAAAGAAGGGGUAAAUUCACACUUCCUGCUGUUUGAGGGGGAGCCUGUAAACCUGCAAGUGGGAUUGGUCUCCACUGGCUUUCAUAGCAUGAAAGUAAAAGUCACAACUGAGGCCACCAGAGUGUCUGAUUUGGAGAACAAUCUCUUUCAGGAGAACAGCACAACUGAGAUUACCCAUCAGGGUCUAGACUUUGAUGAGGAAGAAGAAGAAUGCAGCAAUCAUAUUCAAAGAAUGAAUUUUGUGUGCAGUCAGCAAAGUUCUCAGAGCUCCAGGAAGAAGAGGAAGGUCAGCGAACCAGUGAAAGUCUUCAUCCCUGACAGAAAAUGA